AUGAAGGCAGAAGCAGCCACGGAGAUCCUAGUGGCUGAAGAAAAGAAAAAGCCUCCGGCUGCCCCCUCUGCCCCUGUUUUGCAGGAAGAUUCGGCUCUUCUUGAUCUCCUUCUCACACCUCCACCAUAUUCUCUCCCCCCUCCUAUUCAGCCCGAACCCCCACUUCCCCAACCUUCUCCAGAAGCCAAUGAGGGAGGACCUGCAACGAACACCCGACAACGUAGGGCCGCCUCCCCCAGGUGGCCUGCCGACUCCUCUUCAGCAGCUGUUCUUCCUCUCAGGGCUCUGGGUCCCCCUGAUGCUGAUGGAGUUCAGCCCCUUCAAUAUUGGCCCUUUUCUACUAGUGAUUUAUACAAUUGGAGGACCCAGAACGCCCCAUUUUCAGAGAGACCUAAAGAGCUUAUUAAUUUGUUAGAAACUGUUCUGUUUACUCAUCAACCUACGUGGGACGAUUGUCAGCAGCUACUCCAGAUAUUAUUCACCACAGAAGAAAGAGAAAGGAUCCAGCUAGAGGCACGGAAACUGGUGCCAGGAGAUAAUGGGCAACCCACGGCUAACCCUGCGACGAUUGACUCCUCCUUCCCUUUGUCUAGGCCACAGUGGGACUAUAACACGGCGGAAGGUAAGGAGCGGCUCCGGGUCUACCGCCAGACUCUGUUGGGGGGUCUCAAAGCGGCCGCUCGCAGGCCCACUAAUUUGGCUAAGGUAGGUAAUGUACAGCAAGGGAGAGAAGAGAGUCCUGCGGCGUUCCUGGAGAGACUGAUGGACGCAUUCCGUCAGUACACUCCCAUGGACCCUGAGGCGGAGAAUACUAGGUCAGCCUUAAUGAUGCAUUUUAUUAAUCAGUCAGCCCCAGAUAUAAGGAAGAAGUUACAGAAGAUAGAUAGAUUAGGUGAAAAAUCUAUUCAAGAUCUGAUGGCAGUAGCAGAGAAAGUUUAUAAUAACCGAGAGACACCUGAAGAGAAGCAGACUAGAGCCGCCGACCGGCAGACCAGAAAUAUAGCUCGCAUUCUCCUGGCCGCCACCAGCGCCCAGCCGAACGAACGAGAGAAGAGAUUGAAACAACUGGCAGAAGGUAAGCCGAAACCUAACCUCCAGGGAAAACCAAAGUUAGGACGGAACCAGUGUGCAUAUUGUAAAAAAGAAGGACAUUGGGUUAAGGAUUGCCCUAAAAAGUUCAAACAAGGAACCAACGUUUUGGCUCUGGAGGACCUGAGAGACUAGGGGAGACGGGGCCCGGAACCCCUCCCCGAGCCCAGGGUAACCUUAAAAGUGGAGGGGACCCCAAUUGAGUUUUUAGUGGACACUGGGGCCGAACAUUCUGUCCUGCUUGACCCACGGGGAAAACUCUCUUCAAAGACUUCAUGGGUGCAGGGGGCCACUGGUAUGAAAAAAUAUUCAUGGACUACCCGAAGAAACCUAGAUCUGAGUACGGGCCGGGUAUCCCACUCUUUCAUGGUCAUACCAGACUGCCCCUACCCACUGCUUGGCCGAGACUUGCUAACCAAAAUAGGAGCCCAGAUCCAUUUCUCACCUGAGGGGGUGAAUGUUACUGACCCGGCCGGUAGGCCGGUACAAGUUCUAACCAUGCAAAUAGAAGAUGAAUACAGAUUACACCAAGGCCCUUCCGAAGUUACCUUGCUACAGUAUGUGGACGACCUUUUGUUGGCCGCAGAAUCCCAACAAACCUGUCUGGAGGCAACCAGAGACUUGCUGUAUACUUUAGGUGAGCUGGGAUAUCGGGCGUCUGCAAAGAAAGCACAAAUUGGCAGACAAGAGGUUCAUUACCUAGGAUACAUAUUAAAAGAAGGACAGCGGUGGCUGUCCAAAGCUAGAAAAGAGACUGUGUUAAAGAUCCCUAAGCCCCAGAGUCAACGCGGAAUUAGAGAAUUUCUGGGGUCCGCUGGAUUCUGUAGAUUAUGGAUCCCAGGUUUUGCUGAAAUGGCAAAACCACUAUACCAGGCAACAAAAGAGACUAUACCAUUUGCCUGGACAGAGGAAAUGGAUAAAGCCUUCCAGGACAUUAAGGCAGCCCUCCUGUCAGCCCCUGCCCUAGGUCUACCUGACGUCACUAAGCCCUUCCUUCUCUAUGUAGAUGAGAACAGAGGGGUAGCCAAAGGCGUGUUACUCCAGAAACUGGGACCUUGGAAAAGACCAGUGGCAUAUCUUUCAAAAAAACUGGACCCAGUGGCUAGUGGAUGGCCCCCCUGCUUGCGUAUGGUGGCUGCUGUGGCCUUGUUAGUAAAAGACGCUGGCAAAUUAACCCUGGGACAAGAACUGCAAAUAACAACCCCACAUGCCAUAGAGGGUAUAUUGAGACAACCUCCAGAUCGAUGGAUCAGUAACGCUAGACUGACCCAUUACCAGGGACUACUACUAAACCCUACCAAGAUCAUUUUUCAGCCGCCAGCUACUUUGAACCCAGCCACACUCCUGCCGGAUCCAGACCUGGACGCUCCACUACAUGACUGUGCUGACAUCCUGGCUCAGGUAUGUGGGAUCCGAGCUGAUCUGAAAGACGUCCCCCUUCCGGAUGCUGAGCUGACUUGGUACACGGAUGGGAGCAGCUUCGUACAAAAUGGACAAAGGUAUGCGGGUGCGGCCGUGACCACUGAAACAGAAGUCAUAUGGGCUGCCCCUUUGGCCCAUGGGACUUCGGCCCAAAAAGCCGAACUUAUAGCAUUGACUGAAGCACUCAAAAGAGGUAGAGAAAAAAAACUGACCGUUUAUACAGACAGCAGAUACGCCUUUGCCACAGCGCACAUACACGGGGCCAUCUAUAGAGAGAGAGGACUCCUGACGGCCGAAGGAAAGACUAUAAAAAAUAAAGAGACAAUUCUUGAGCUUCUACAAGCCCUUUGGCUGCCCAAGAAACUGGCCAUAGUCCACUGCCCAGGCCACCAAAGAGGCGACUCCUCCGUGGCAAGGGGCAAUCGACUGGCUGAUCUUUCAGCCAAGGAAGCUGCUCUAGCAUCUGUUACCCCGGUUUUGGCAGUUCGACUCCCUGAUCCAGGGACCAUGACUCUACCCGAUAACCCCGAAUACAACGCUAAGUCAGCGCCUAUCCUACCUGAAAAACUGGGGACAGAACUGCUCUGGAAAAUUCAUAAUGCAACCCAUUUAGGGGCGAAAAAAAUGCAGGAUCUUGUCAGAAAUGCAAAGAUUGUCAUCAAAGACUACCGGGCGAAAAUAGAAAAAAUUGCUUCAGACUGUAAGGCUUGCCAGCUAACAAACCCAACCAAGACUUCAGGAGCAACUAAAGGAGCCAGAGAAAGGGGAACACGCCCUGGAGCCUACUGGGAAGUAGACUUUACUGAGGUAAAACCGGGAAAAUACAGAUAUAGAUACCUGCUAGUCUUCAUAGAUACCUUUUCUGGAUGGGUAGAGGCCUACCCAACAAAAAAGGAGACAGCCCAGGUAGUAACAAAAAAACUCUUAGAGGAGAUCCUGCCGCGGUUCGGAUUCCCUGCACAGGUAGGUUCCGAUAACGGUCCCGCCUUUGUCUCCAAGGUAAGUCAGGGACUGGCGGCGGUUCUGGGGACAAAUUGGAAAUUACAUUGUGCCUAUCGACCCCAGAGUUCAGGGCAAGUAGAAAGAAUGAACAGAACUUUAAAAGAGACCUUGACCAAAUUAACCCUAGAGACUGGCGGGGACUGGGUGGCGCUCCUCCCCUUUGCCUUGUUCCGGGUGCGGAACUCACCUUACAUGUUCGGGUUAACCCCCUUUGAAAUUAUGUUCGGGAGACCUCCCCCUAUUGUACCUAGUUUAAAGACUGACUUAAUAGCUGACUUGCCUGUUGAUGCUCUAUUUUCCUCCCUCCGACUCCUCCAACGGGUGCACAAGGACAUUUGGAAACGGCUAGAAGCCAUAUACCUCACCAAGCCACCGCCUGAACCGCAUCGUUUUCAGCCAGGAGAUUGGGUCUAUGUGCGGAGACACCACUCAGGCACCCUCGAACCACGCUGGAAAGGACCCUACUCUGUCAUCCUAGUCACACCAACGGCCCUCAAGGUAGAUGGUAUUUCAACAUGGGUCCACUUCUCGCAUGUGAGGCCUGCUGAUCCUUUCACCGACCUCCACGAGGUUCUGCCACAAUGGAGAGUCUCCAAACAUCCGGACAAUCCACUCAAGCUAAAACUCUGGAAACGCCCCAAAGAAGCAUCUCCCUCUUAA